AUGCAAUUUCAACUGACCUGUUUUUUGCACCUUGGGUUGCUCAGUUACAUGGAAGCUCAAGAUGAAUGCAACAGAGGUACCUGUCGCCCCCCCACCGGCAAUCUACUGGUGGGUCGCAGCGCGCAGCUCUCCGCUUCUACUUGCGGGCUCGGCGGGGCUCAGAAAUACUGCAUCCUCAGCUACCUUAAGGAGGAACAAAAGUGCUUCAUCUGUGACUCCAGAUUUCCAUAUGAUCCGCACGCCCAACCCAACAGCCACACCACUGAGAAUGUAAUCCCAAGUUUUGAAGCAGAUGGAGAAAAGAAAUGGUGGCAAUCAGAAAACGGUCUUGGUCAUGUCAGCAUCAGACUGGAUCUAGAGGCAUUAUUUCAGUUCAGUCACCUUAUUCUGACCUUUAAGACUUUUCGGCCUACUGCAAUGUGAGUUGAACGCUCCACAGACUAUGGACACACCUGGAGAGUGUUCAGAUAUUUUGCCAAAGACCGUGCUACUUCCUUCCCCAACAUCACAUCUGGCCAGGCCCACGGAGUGGAAGACCUUGUUUGUGACUCCAAAUAUUCGGAUAUUGAACCCUCCACUGGUGGUGAGGUUGUUUUCAAAGUUUUGGAUCCCAGCUUUGAAAUAGAAAACCCUUACAGCCCCUACAUCCAGGACCUUGUGACAUUAACAAACCUGAGGAUGAACUUUACCAAACUCCAUACCCUUGGGGGUACUUUGCUUGGAAGGAGGCAAAAUGAUUCCCUUGAUAAAUACUACUAUGCUCUGUAUGAGAUGGUGGCUCGGGGAAGCUGUUUUCGCAAUGGCCACGCUAGCUAAUGUGGCCCAACACAGAAGGUGCGCGGAGACGUUUUCAGCCCUCCGGGAAUGGUUCAUGGUCGGUGCAUCUGUCAGCACAGUACAGAUAGCCCGAACUGUGAGAGGUGCAAGGAUUUCUUCCAGGACGUUCCUUGGUGGCUAGCUGUGGGCCCCCUGGACAGCACUUGCUGAGCUUGUCGCUGUAACGGACACUCUGACCGCUGUCACUUCGACAAGACCGUGUACCUGGCGAGCGGGACGCAGGGGGGCGUGUGUGACGGCUGCCUGCACAACACUGAGGGCCAGCACUGCGAUCGCUGCAGACCCCUUUUCUACAGGGACCCCCUCAAGGCCAUCUCGGAUCCUUACGCGUGCAUUCCUUGUGAAUGUGACACUGAUGGGACCAUUUCGGGUGGCCUUUGUGUGAGCCACUCUGAUCCUGACUUGGGGUCUGUGGCCGGCCAGUGCCUGUGUAAGGAGAACGUGGAAGGAGCCAAGUGCGACCGAUGCAAGACCAACCACUACGGACUGAGCGUCACCGACCCCCUGGGCUGUCAGCCCUGUGACUGUAACCCCCUGAGGAGUCUGCCACUCUUGACCUGCAUUGCCACUCAAGGCCAAUGCUUGUGUCAGUCUCUUGCUACUGGACCACACUGUGAAGAAUGCACGGUUGGAUACUGGGGACUGGAAAAUCACCUCCAUGGAUGUUCUCCCUGUGACUGUGAUAUUGGAGAUGCUUAUUCCAAUGUGUGUUCACCCGAGGAUGGGCAGUGUGAUUGUCGUCUGCGUGUCACAGGUCGCAGCUGCACUGAGCCAGCGCCCAGCUAUUUCUUCGCUCCUUUGAAUUUCUACGUCUAUGAGGCAGAGGAAGCCACGCCACUCCAGGGACUGGCUCCUUUGAUAUUAGCAACAGCUCUGCCUACAUGUGAUGUGUAUUUCCAGCAACAAGGAGAUGAUUUCGUAACUGACAAAGGAAGCAUAAUACUGAAGAGAAAUCAGAAGCAAAGCAUUCGAGCGGAUGAGCAGAGUGAGCUGCCUGCUGUUUCUGUCGUUCUCCGAGGGCCAGCUCCCGGGGUGCCUGUUACGUGGACGGGACCUGGAUUUGCCAUUCUCUCUGGGGCCGGCUUGAGAUUUGCUGUGGGGAACAUCCCCAUUCCCAUGGAUUUUGCUGUUGCCAUUCACUAUGAAACUCAGUCUGCAGAUGACUGGACUGUCCAGAUGGUGGUUAACCUGGCCGGAGGGAGCAAGCACUGUGCAUGCGAGACCCCACAGCCAAAGCCUCAGCCUUUACCAGCAGCUUCCAGAAUCGUGCUGCUUCCCACACCCAUCUGUUUAGAACCAGACGUACAGUAUUCCAUAGAUGUCUAUUUUUCCCAACCUUUGGAAGGAGGAUUCCAGGCUCAUUCACACAUUGAAUUAGACAAAGUUGGUCUUAUUCCCCAAAUCAACUCAUUGGAGAAUUUCUGCAGCAAGCAGGAUUUAGAUGAAUAUCAGCUGCACAACUGUGUUGAAAUUGCCUCGGCAGUGGGACCUCAGGUGCUCCCUGGAGCAUGUGAAAGGCUUAUAGCCAGUUUGUCUGCCAGGCUGCACAACGGGGCCGUGGCCUGCAACUGUCACCCACAGGGCUCAGUGGGAGCCAACUGCAGCUGACUGGAAGGCCAGGGCCAGUGUAAGCCUCGUGUGACCGGCCGCUGCUGUGACACGUGCUCAACAGGAAGCUACAGUCUGGGGCAUCACGGCUGUCACUUCUCCUUGGUGUUCAGAAAAGCUGAUCAAGAAUCCAGUUGGGGGAAUUCCCUGCUUAUAGGCCAGUGUCCGUGUAGAUUAGGCUAUGAUGGGAAACGCUACAGUGAGUGUGAGGAAAAUUAUUAUGGGGAUCCCCUGGGGCGAUGCGUUCCAUGUGACUGCAACAGGAAAGAUUCCCAGAAGCACAUCUGUGACCAGGACACGGGCAUGUGUCACUGCCGAGAGGGUGUUAGCGGCCCACAAUGUGAUCGCUGCGCCCAGGGUCACGGCCAGGAAUUCCCUGCUUGUCUUCGGUGUCACUUGUGCUUUGAUCAAUGGGACCACACCAUUUCUUCCCUCUCCAAAGCGGUGCAAGGGUUAAUUAGGCUGGCUGGUAACAUGGAAGAUAAAAGAGAGACCCUGCCUGUCUGUGAGGCCGACUUCAAAGGACUCAGAGAGAACAUGUCUGAAAUAGAAAGGAUGUGGAGACAUCCUGUUUUCUCAUCUGGGGAAUUCUUAAAAGUCAAGGAUUAUCAUGACUCUGUUCGGCAAGAAAUCAUGCAACUAAGUGAGCAGAGGAAACUGUAUGAAUUUCAAGAUCUGAAAGAAACAAGAGGAAGAACGAGGAAUAAAGUGAACCUCUUACUUGAAGAUCUUCAAGAAGAAAUUAAUUCGCACUCCCGUGCCCGUAAUGCAAGCAUCAUGGAUUCCUCAAAGAACAUCAAGAAGUAUUAUCAGAGCUCAUCUGCUGAAAAGAAAACUAAUGAAACUACUUCCUUCAUAGAUAACUCUGAAAAAAACAGGAAUGACUUACUUACCAUCUUAGAUACACUAACUUCAAAAGAAAACUUGUCAUUGGAGAAAUUAAAGCAGAUCAAGAUACCAGAUAUUCAAAUAUUGUAUGAAAAGAUACUUUCUCCUGUCAGGUGUGUGGAGGAGGCACAUAUGCCCUGUGUGCUAUUGUCCUGUGGUGGCCGGAGCUGUCUCGUCCUGACCCUCUCGAGGAACACCCUCCAGAAAGCUCAGGAAGCAGAGUUCGUGAUUCGCAAUUUGAACAACCAAGUUCAAGGGUUGAAAAAUCAGAUCAAAAAUAUAAAUAAACUGGCAGAAGUCUCCGAAAACAAUGCCUUACAGCUAAGUGAGAAACUGAGGAAUAUGAAAAACCAAAGUGAAUCUGAAGAAGAAAAAAUGAAUCUUUUAAUCAAGAAACUGAAAAUGUUCUUGUUAGAGGAUAACGUGCCUCCAGAGGACAUAGAGAGGGUUGCAAAUCGUGUACUUGACAUCCACUUACCAGUAACAUCGCAAAAUCUGACCCAUGAAUUUGACAAAACACGGAAACUUAUGCAACUCUGUGAGGACUACAGGACAGAGGAGAACAGGCUAAAUAAAGCAGCAGAUGGAGCCCGAAAGGUUUUGGUGAAGGCAAAAGCAGCUGAAAAAGCAGCAAAUGUUCUAUUAAAUCUCGACAAAAUGUUGAGUAAGUUGCAACAAGUUCACAUCACUCAAGUACGGGCAAGUUCUACCAUCACACAGCUGACUGCCCAGAUAACAAAAAUAAAAAAGAACGCCCUGCAGGCUAAAAAUCAGGCCCGGGAGACUGAGAAUGUGCUGGACUUCGCAAAGCAACAGUCAGCGCAGGAGGGUGGACUUGCCCGGCUGCAGACCAAGUUGCAAAGGAAUCGAGACGAGGCCGUCCGUGUGGGAGCUCAGGCUGAAUCGGCCCGGCGCCAGGCUGGGGGCCUUGAGGAGGAGCUUGCUGCGCUACAAUGUCAAUAUGCUAUUCUUCAGCAUAAGACAAGCGCGCCAGGACUGGCAAAGGAAACCUUAGGGAAAGUGAAACAGCCAAGAGAUACAGCAGUCAAACUGGCUGCAGAUACAGAGGACAAGGUAAGAAGAAUAACAGAUUUAGAAACAAAGAUCCAAGCUUUGAAUCUAAGUAGACAAGAAAAAGCUGAUCAGCUGAAACAGUAGGGAGAUCAAGUCAUUGCCAUUAAAAAUGAAAUUAUCGAGCAAGAAAAUAAAUAUGCUACCUGCUACAGUUAG